AGGGCAGGUUAAACUUGUUGUUCUAGUGUAACAUGCCAAGAUCGCUGUGCAUAUCUAACAUGCAGCUGAGCUGAGAACAUACUGCUGGCUGUUUGCAGAGGAAUCCAUGCAAAGAUGGUUUCCUGUGGGCCUCAGCUACAAUCAAAUGUUCCAUACACUGGAGAGCGCCACCCUGAAUAUACUCUUUACUGAAUCCAGUUUUGCUCCUUGUGUCUGAGACAGUCUGGGAGAAUGUUGCAAAUUGCCCUCUCUACGUUCCAAAUAUUUCUCCCCUUUUCCAAUUUGGUUAAAUACAUUCUUCUGGGGGUGGCAAUAUUUUUGUUCCUGGUGGCAGUCUUCAUUUUAGUCUACAACUUCUACAAGUACCUACUAUACAGAAAAUCUCUUGCUAGAAACGAAAAGACAUACCUUAAUGGAACACAUGCUGAGAAGAAAACUACCAGCAACAUCAUAUUGAAAAGUGUAGCUCCAAGCUUUCUAGAGAUAACCAGAAAAGAACAAGACUCAAAGAUCCAACUCAUGCGAAAGGAAAUGGAAAAGUUGGAAGAGCGUCUAACUCCUUCACCUCCAAGUACAGAAAGUUUGGAUGAUUUGGACUCCAAUCCUCCACAUAUGUCUAGAGGGAAACUGAAGCUGUCCCUUUACUAUGAUAAGAAAAAAAUGGCCCUACUUAUUAAUGUAAUUGAAGCCAUAGACCUCCCAGAACAUAGUCGAGAUCCAUUUGUAAGAAUUAAGGUAUUCUCCAAAGCAGAUGAUUCCUCUGUUCAGACCAUCAUUCAUGAAUGGGACACCAAGGUGGUGAAAAACAGCAGAAACCCUGUGUUUGUAGAGUCCUUCACCUGCACUUUGAAAGAAUCACAGCUGCUAUCUACCAGUCUGAAGUUUGAGGUAAAAGAUUUUGACAAAUAUUCAAGACAUACCUUAAUAGGAGAGACAAGAGUCGCCCUACAGGGCUUAAAGGCCUCCAAAUCGUUGGAGCUUUAUGAAGAUCUACAAGAAAAAACAAAGGAUGUUAUCGGCGAGGUCUUGAUUUCUUUAAAAUGUCUUCCCACCGCACAAAAGAUAGAAGUCGGAAUUUUAAAAUUCAAAACCAGUUCAUUGAGCACAAUAUCAGAAAGAGACGUGUAUGCCAGAAUAGAUGUUUUUACCAACCAGCAUAAGCAGAAGCACCAGAAAUCUAGUCUUCGGGCUAAAUCCAAAGUGACAGUAUUUAAUGAGACUUUUCUCUUUGGCCUACCGGACCCUGGAAAAACCCACUGUCUGAUUCUCAUCUCACUGUAUGAAACUAUAACUAAUGGGAGGAAACUUAUUGGACAGACCUCUCUGGGCAACCAGGAUACCAAAGCAGAAGAUGGACACUGGGAGCUUAUGCUGCAGUCAUUACGUCAACCAGUAGCUAAGUGGCAUCCACUAUUUAUUUGAGUAGAUACAAGUUUGAAGGCAAAACAAUCUUGGAGAUCUGCUAUAAAACUGAUAACUCUGGCCCCGCAUGAUUAGAACUUCAGCAUCAUAUCAAUGCUUUUAUCAUUGCAAUCCUUUGUGUGCUUGAAGUCUCCACUUAUGGCUAGACAUCUUCAGACACUUCUAAAAUAAAAUGUCCUCAUUCACUGCCAUGUAUCAAAAUCUCCCUGGAAACACCAUCAAAUUAGCAAUACCAGAUGUUGGCAGGAGUCCAUACAGACAGGCCCGGAUUUGUGGAAAGGCCACCAAGGCCCGGCCUAUGGCGGCAGGAUUUUAGGGGGCUGAGCAUGGUUCGAAAGCUCUGGGGCUGAUCAUGAGAUACAAUAGUUUUUCACAUUUCCCAUGCGCCAAUCCCCUUCUAACCUGAUUAUGAAAUUUGUGCAUGUGCACAAAUAAAGGGGAAGGGACAGGGGUGAUGAACAGCAGCGGGCCUAGGGGUACCCUGUAUGUAAAUCGGCCCUGCAUACAGAAUGGGUUGGCUGAGAUGGGAAAGGAAGAACUUGACUGGCCUACACAGAGGAGAACUGUCCUUAACCUAACUGAACUGCCAGCACCUGUGGGAUUAAUGGGAACCCUAAAUCAGUCCAACAUCAGUAUCCAAUUUAGUAAUCCAACCUUGUGGCUAAAUAGAAGCAAUCCAUCCCCCCUUACAUCUAGUGGAAAGCCUUCCCAGAACAGUAGAGGCUUACACAGCAGUAAAGAGAGGACCAACAUCAUAAUAAUAAUACCCUUGAUUAUUUAAAGCAAGUUGGACAGGCAGGUGUUCAGAUACAUUUGGUCAUAUGUAUGUGUAUCUUGUAUACAGCAUGAUUAAUAGAUUUUAGUUUACAGCUGAGUAGUACUGUAAGGUCAGAUCAUUUUGCCAACAUUAAUGCUUGGGGAAAAGCCUCUUGAUCUCCGUGUCAAAUAAGUACAGAAGCUGCUACAUUUUAGGUCAAUUAAUACUGUAUAUUAGAGGCACACUGUUGCCAUUAAUAUUUAGGCUUGAGAUCUAUGUUUGUUGUUUAAUUUUAAACCAGAAAGGAUUUAUGUAAAUACACAGAGUAAUGUAAAAGCCUAACCCUAUGCUGUAGAAAUGCUUUAUUUUUCUAUGUCUAUGUAAAGCGCUAGGGAAUAUGUUGGCACUAUAUAAAUAAAAGGGUAGUAAUAAUAA